AGACAUUGAUUGUGUUUGCAUUGAAUGAGUGAUUGAUUACUAAAAGUAUUGUUAAUUGCAUUCAAAUUGAAAUCGCAAUCCAUUCACACAUUCAUUGCUUAUAAAUCGGAUCCAAUGGCAUCACCACUGGAACAGUUUGUGGUGACAGUUAGGAACUAUUCCUCGCAAGGAAGUUUUGAACAGUUGUCCGAUUAUAUCGCGAAGAAUAGCGACAUCUUAAGCAAGAAUAGCGUCCACUUGGAGGACGUGAUGCAGACCCUGGACCUCCAGGAGCACAGUCUGGGAAUUAUGGCUAUUCUAUGCGCGAAACUGAAUCUCCCGAAUGUCGACAACGAGUCUCUGUUUAUUCAGAUCCAAGAGUUCAUUGCCGGCUGUAAUGGCGAACAGAUCCGCGCCUCACCUGAAACUUUCGCCUCUUUGUGCCACUUAUUGACGCAAAGACUUGUAGACCAAAGACAAGCGAUUCGAGGCAUAGAAGUGUUGAGUAAUGCCAUAACGAAAGUCCAAUUGAAUGGCUCGCAGUUGACGUCAAUCCACGCCGACAUCUGUCAACUCUGUCUUCUGGCAAAAUGCCUCAAACCUGCCCUUCAUUUCCUGGACACAGACAUCACUGAAAUCAGUAAAGAGAAUGGUCACUACGACGUGAAGUACUUCCUUCUGUACUACUAUUACGGAGGACUGAUAUACGCGGCGCUCAAGAACUACGACCGCUCGCUAUACUUCUUUCAGGUGGCGCUCACCACCCCAUCCAUGGCUGUCAGCCAUAUAAUGCUCGAGGCGUACAAGAAGUAUGUGUUGGUUGCUCUCAUACUCGACGGCAAAGUGCCACCGCUUCCCAAAUAUACGUCUCAAGUGGUGAACCGUUUCAUUAAACCCUUGAGUCAACCCUACACUGAUUUGGUCUCCGCUUACGCUUCGAAUAACGCCGAAGAACUCACUGCUGUUAUCAACAAAUACACCGAAGUUUUCACUCGAGACACAAACAUUGGUUUAGUGAAGCAAUGCGUGUCUUCACUCCAUAAGAAGAACAUCCAAAGACUGACCAAAACAUUCAUGACUUUGUCCCUCAACGAUAUGGCCACUAAGGUUCAGCUCACGAAUGCCAAACAGGCAGAGAAACACAUUCUUGAUAUGAUAGAAGACGGAGAGAUAUUUGCAUCGAUCGAUCAAAGGGACGGAAUGGUUGUCUUCUUAGACAAUCCCGAGAAAUACAAUUCUCCGCUUAUGUACCGACAAAUUGAAGACGACAUGAGAAAAUGCAUUCAAUUGGACGACAAACUCAAGCAAAUGGAUUACGACAUCGCUUUGAAUCCUAAGUAUAUCCAAAAGGUGCGGACAGAAGUCGAAUAAUUGGAAACACCAGUCAAUCUAUUAAUGACUAAUAUUUAUCAACAUUUGUAGCAAAUAUUGUAUUUUAUUCAAUAAAAUAUCGUUUCAUUUAAAAC